AUGACGGAGAUUUUAAUCACUGUUUAUGUCCCCUCAAAAAGACCGGUUGACUUCAUUAAAAAUGAGUCCUUAUCUAAGGAGAGACACUUAAUUUUUCCCACCAUAACCUUCUUCUUCUCCUCCUCCUCCUUCUUCUGCUUCUUCUUCAUUUUUCUCUGCUUCUUCCUUUUACUCCCCUUCUCCUUCUUUCUUCCACCCCCUUCUGUUCUUCUUCUUCCUCUUCUUCUUCCUCCACCUCUUCUCUCAAUUCUUGUUUUUCUUCUUCCCUCUCUUCUUGCUCCUCUUCUUCCUAUUCUUCUUCCUCCUAUUCUUCUUCUUCUUUCUUUCUUUCUUUUCUUUCUUUCUUUCUUUCUUCUUCUUCUUCUUCUAUCCUCUCUUUUUCCUCUUCUUUUUCUCCUCUUCUGCUUCUUCUCCCUGCUUCUCUUCAUCUUUAUCUUCAUUCUCCCCCUCAUUUUCCCCUCCUCUUCCUGCUCUUCUUAUAAUGUUCUAUAUUCGCUGUCUAUUAUAUUUAACAAUAUAUGUUUGCAUAAUGAUCUGCUGUCUCAAUACACUAUCUAUCUAUCUAUCUAUCUAUCUAUCUAUCUAUCUAUCUAUCUAUCUAUCUAUGUAUGUAUGUAUGCCCAAGUAUAG